AUGUCGUUGGUUGUUGUUGAUUAUAAGUUUAAUUCCUUUAGGAUAAAAAUUUCAAGAAACUCUUCACUGAGUAGCAUUUUAGUUGAAACUUUGAAACACUUUAAAUUGUAUGAAUCAGAGUCUGAUGUACAGAAAUGGUAUUUUACUAGCUCAAAUGUUCCAAUAGCGAUGGACAUACCAUGGGUGUUACUAAAUGUCCCAACCGGUGUGAAGUUGAAGUUACAAAAAAAGACUACAUCAGAAAUUGAGUCUCUAGAUGAGCCUGAAUGUAAAUUAAUAAAGAUCAGAUUCCAAAUUCCUGGGUCAACACCAAUUAUCACAAGCAUAAAUAAUCUAGAACGCCUAAAUAAAGUAAUUGACAUACUGGCUGAAGAAUAUAAUUGGGUACAUGAUAAGAAACUAACAACUCUGCAAGUGUUUUCAAAGAGUAUAAAAUAUGAAGAUCUAGCCAAUCAUUCGUUGGAAUCACUGGGCAUCGAUGGACCUACAUCAUUAAGACUGAAUCUAAAACGUAUAGAUGGCUUGCAAGCAGCUAAUCCUGAACCAGAUCAGGAUACAUCGAACGUGACAUCGAAAGCACCAGUUGAUCCUGUAAAAAGUGUUUUACAACCCACAGUAGCAUCUGAGCAAGAACCAAAAAAACCAAGUCAUCAGUUACAUGAAGUCUCUGUGUUUAUUCCAUCUAAAGAUUCAUAUGCACAGAUUUUAAAACAUAGAGAAACAGAUAAUGGUGAAUUAGCACUAACAGUGGAAGAUGCUAUACGAUAUCAAGGAUCUCUUGCAAGGAAAACUGGAACCUUUGGUGGACAAAUCUUGACAAAACGUUUAAGAGAAAAAUAUGAGGCAGAGUUGAUUGCAAAAAGAGAACCAAUUAUAGAAUGCUUGGUAAGAAUUAGAUUUCCAGAUAGAUCAAACAUACAAAUUGCAUUUAAACCUGAUGAUACAGCAAACAAAAUAUAUGAAGUUGUUUCAAAGUCAUUGUUCAAAAGUGAUAUAGAUUUUACUUUAAGCAUUUCAUAUCCAUUAACUAUUUUGCAAAACGACGAUAAACAGUUAGUUAGAGACUUAGACUUCACCUCCAAAACCUUGUUAUUAUUCAAAUCUGAUUAUGAAGGUCAAUAUAUAAAGAAAGAACUAAUGGAAUCAGCCCAUGAUAUUUUAGAAGCUGAGGACAUGAAGGCUGAUAAGGAUAUUCAAUUACAAGAAAUACAAAGCUCUGGGAAAUUAAAAACAAAGUCGAUGAUACAUCGAAGAGCAAACCAAAGGGUAUUAAUAAAGUACCCAAAUGGUUUAGACCAGGUAAAACAUAAUUAA